CUACAGUUCGACAGCAGAAGAAGUUCCCGAUGCAGCAGCUCGGCAUCAACAUGCCUACUGCUGUGAUUAUGGAGGAGAAUUAUGAUAAAUUAUUAGAGCAGUGUGAAGCUCAAGAGCUCGAGGCUCCAGGGGGCAUUGCAACACCUCAAGUGUACGCUCAGCUGCUGUCGCUCUAUUUACUGCAUAAUGACAUGAAUAACGGCAGGUAUCUCUGGAAACGGAUCCCCCAAGCAAUAAAAUCGGCAAACCCAGAAUUGACAUCUAUUUGGGCCGUUGGCCAACACAUUUGGCAGCGAGACUUUCCAGGCAUCUACACAACCAUCGCAGCCUACCAAUGGUCAGAGAAUAUCCUGCCGGUUAUGGAGGCUCUUCGAGAGAGCACGCGGCAACGGGCGUACAGUCUAGUGGCCCAGGCGUACACCUCCAUCGCAGCAGAAGAUUUCACCGCCUUCGUGGGAUACUCUGUGGAAGAGGCAGUGAAGGGUGUGGUGACCCAGGGCUGGCAGGCAGACCCCGCUACCAGGAUGGUGAUGCCCAAAAAGCCAGAUCCUCCCCCCGUCUCACUGGUUCCAAACGAGCAGCAGUUGGCCAGACUCACCGACUACGUGGCUUUUCUUGAGAACUGAUAACUCGCCAUUCUUUUUUUUUUAUUUUUUUUUUAUUUUCCGCUGGCCUGGUACGGGGGGGAGAGUACAGGUUUGGAUAGACCUCCAGUCCCACUCCCUGAUAGAGACGUACAAAAAAACACACCCAUCAUCUCGCACGACUGCUGCACGCUCUUCUCCAAGACCUGUUUAUUUAUGACUCGUCUCGCUCCCCCUGUUAAUUCAUACGUUGAAAAUAUCAGAACACAAUGUUGUAUUAUAUCCCAGAACUUUGCAAUAGAAAUACACCAGCUCGUCUGUUUUAGCACUUGGAGGUUGCAAACAAAUUUUGUCAGAAAGUCUUCAGACCUCAUAUUUUGAAGUUUAUGUUUUGACUGGUGAAUAAAUAUUUUGCUGUUUCUAA